CGACGAUUCCGCUUCAGUCUUUUCUUGGAAUGAAUGAUUGGACUCGACUUGUCAAGCACCAAUACGAACGAGAGGGCGCUUGAAGGACAUCGACGGGAGUAUGAGCUUAGACGAAUGCUGGAGUCCCGUCGAACACCCAAAGACUCUGGGAGGCAUAUGUGGGCGUCAGUGCCGAGUGUCACGACGGAGGAGUCCGAGUUCGACGUCCAGGCAGCUAUCGAGGCUAUGGGCAAUCCCAUGCCUUUCACUCUUACUGAUCAGAUCAAUUCUUUGGUACGCCCGCUAUCGUCAUGCUUUCUGGGAAGCUGGACCACCGGCGCUAUAUCGCAUGAAUGACGACGAUGGGCGCUUCUUCGCUUGCUCUCACGUUAUCUAUGCAAACCUUAUGAUACAUUCACCAGAUCCGCAUCAUCCCUACCGCUUCAUUAUUGACGAACUCGGCAUUAUUCCUAUGACACAAUACGAUGCCCUCAUGUACAGGCGAUAUGAAAAGGGAGUAUGUUCACAGAUCUUCUGUGUCGUUUUCGUGUGCGGAAGUACCCGAGUCUUGAAGGUUAUGGAGAACGACUCACUAUGGGGGAGGACGAUCGAAGAAAGCGAUUCUUGGAAGAUAUCUCUCAUUGGUGCGACGUCGUCCGAUCUUCGUUCUGAUAUUUUGGGUGCUGAGUAGAACAAACGUUGAUAAUAAAUUAGAGG